CAAAAACACCAAACACAAAAGGUAGCGUAGCAUCUUCACUCUUCAAUUCUAAUUUCUAACUUCAAAGCCCGCUCGUUUAUUCCAGCACCAUUUCAACUUCCAUAAACGCAGACUCUGAAAAUUCAUCGAAAUGGAUAAUUUCCAUAAUAACAAUGUCAUUGGAAGCACUAAUAUGAUAAUGAAUAGAGAAUUGGGCUUCUCUCAUCCCUCCUCUUUAACUCGUCGCUUUUAUGCUUCAGAGGUCAUUGUAAAGAACCUGAAUUUAUAUGCGAGAUUAGAUGGUCAUGAAGGGUGUGUAAAUGCAGUGGAAUUUAACUCCACUGGUGACAUUCUUGUCUCAGGUUCUGAUGAUAGGCAAGUUAUGUUUUGGAGUUGGGAAUCCAAAACUAAACUACUUGUAUAUCCUUCUGGCCACUCAGACAAUAUUUUCCAGACUAAAAUCAUGCCAUUCUCUGAUGACAGCCGAAUAGUAACUUCUGCUGGUGAUGGCCAGGUAAGGCUUGGCAUCCUCCAGGAGGAUGGUAGAGUUAAUACUACGAUGUUGGGGAAGCACGACGGUUCUGUAUACAAGCUUGCUGUGGAGCCAGGAAGUCCCCACAUAUUUUACAGUUGUGGUGAAGAUGGAUUUAUUCAACAUUUUGAUUUGCGAAGUAGUUCUGCUACAAAACUUUUCUGUUGUUUCUCAAACAAAAAACAACCUCCAAGAAAAAUAGGGUUGAACUCCAUUGUGAUUGACUCUAGAAUUCCAUAUUACUUUGCAGUAGGUGGAUCCGAUGAAUAUGCACAUGUUUAUGACAUAAGAAAAUGCCAUGCAAAAGAUUCAGACAAACCUGUUAACACAUUUUGCCCUCGUCACCUAAUUGAGUCGAAUAAUGUCCAUAUAACAGGAUUAGCCUACUCAAAGUCAAGUGAACUCCUUGUGUCUUACAAUGAUGAGCUCGUCUAUCUAUUUGAGAAGAAUGUAGGCUUCGAUUCUUCGCCUCCAUCGGCUACAUCCGAAGAUCUGAAGAAUCUACAAGAGACACAAGUUUACUCGGGGCAUAGAAAUGCACAGACAGUUAAAGGAGUGAAUUUUUUUGGCCCUAAUGAUGAAUAUGUGUUGAGUGGCUCCGAUUGUGGCCAUAUAUUCAUCUGGAAGAAGAAAGAUGCUAAGCUAGUGAGAUUAAUGGUAGGUGAUCAAAAUGUUGUAAACCAACUUGAGACUCAUCCUCACAUACCCUUUCUAGCUACUUGUGGCCUAGAAAAAAAUGUGAAAAUAUGGGCUCCUCUAGGCAAUGAUACUCCUCCACUCCCUUCAAACGUGAAAGAGAUAACCGAGGCAAACAGACAGGGAAGGGAAGAUCGAUCACGGGUCACCCUUACUCCUGAUGUUAUAAUGCAUGUUCUUCGGCUGCAGAGGAGACAGACAUUGGCGUACAUUGAAAGGAGACAUAAUAGGGCGGAUAUUGUGAGUGAUGACGAAGAUGCAGAGGGAUAUCUUUUAGGAUUGUCAGAUGGUGAUGCCACUUCUGAAGAGGAUUCUUCUGGAAAUUCCAGGGAUUGCAACAUUAGCUAAAGCUUAAAGAAUUGGGUUUUGUUUCUGUUGGCUGACUAGUUCUUUAGAAAAUGUCGUUAACUUCAUUGUAUUCCACUAAGGUGUAGAAGUACCACAUACAUUCAUUUUUAAAGCAUGUGCUUACAAACAUCAUUAGGGAAUCAAUUGGUAUGCAAUAUGAAGUCUAGAUUGUUCCGGAUGAAGUUUGAAGUUCUGGUCAAUUAUAGGCAAAUUCAGAUACUAUGUAUACAAGUAUAAAAUAAAUAAACAAGAGUAUAUUUGGUGUGUACAAAUAGUCUCUCUUUCAAUGCUAUUAGUGAUUUUGUUUGUCCAUCAGGUGAGAAACUACCUCUUGUAUAGUUACUUUAUUUCAUAACUUCAUAAAUUUGAUAUUGGUAGUUAUGAAAUCUUAUCGAGGAAUGUAAUAUUUUAAAAAGUA